CAUUGUUAGAUGCUUGGAAAGAAGCAUGUGCUUCCACUACUCCAUCUAAAAUUGUGAUUCCUAAAGGGACAUACUUAUUAAGUAAAGCAACCCUAGAAGGUCCCUGCAAGGGUCCUAUUGAGCUUCAAGUUCAGGGCACUGUGAAGGCUCCGGCUGAUCCUAGCGCUUUCAAGGACCCUAACUGGGUCGUCUUUAACAAACUUGAACAAUUUACAAUGUCUGGUGGUGGAGUUUUUGACGGCCAAGGAGCCGCUGCUUGGGGCAAGAAUGAUUGUUCUAAAAACAAAUAUUGUGCCGCACUUCCCAUUGUAAGGUUUCUUUCCUUGUGCAAGAAAUCGAAUUUCUUUCUAAAACUCUAUUUAGAUUUCCUCAAAUUAAAGAAAAAUAUUUUUUUCUUUUGUUUUUUAUAAUAUCACAUUGAACAACUAUCAAAUCUAAAUGCUUUUAUUAUAGAUGAGGAGUACUCAAUGAAUAAUUAAGUUUUUUUAUGUACAACGUUCUGCUUCCUAGUUUUUAAAUAUAAUAUGUUUUACCCAUUUUAUUACACUAGUAGAAAGUAAUGUCACUAACAAAAAUUAUUUCUUGUGUUACUUUAUUCCACUCUCAAACUAAACAGAACUUAAGGUUCAAUUUUGUGAGCAAUGCCAUGAUACAAGAUAUAACAACCAAAGACAGCAAACAGUUUAACGUUAAUGUUUUGGGAUGCAAAAACAUCACUUUCCAACAUUUCACCGUCUCUGCACCAGAAAACAGUCUGAACACAGAUGGAAUUCACAUUGGUCGAUCAGAUGGGGUGAAUGUUAUUGACACAGACAUAAAAACUGGUGAUGAUUGUGUUUCUAUCGGUGAUGGUAGCAAGAAUGUGGUCGUCCAAGGAGUAACCUGUGGGCCAGGUCAUGGUAUCAGCAUCGGCAGUCUUGGAAAGUUCCAAGGUGAGGAACCAGUUUCUGGAAUUAAAGUCUCGAAGUGCACCAUCAGUAAUACAAUGAAUGGUGUUAGAAUCAAAAGUUGGCCAGCCUCCUAUCCUGGCUCUGCAUCGGACAUGCAUUUUGAAGAUAUUACCAUGAAUAACGUCGGCAAUCCUAUCCUUAUUGAUCAAGAAUAUUGCCCGUGGAAUCAAUGUGAUUUAAAGGUACGUAUUUAUCAAAAUACUGAUCAAAUGAAAAGCUUUACUCAAUAUUUAAAGCAUUAUUUUGUUUAUCCAGAUUCCAUCACGUAUUAAACUCAGCAACAUCAGUUUCAAGAACAUUCGAGGCACAUCUUCAACUCAGCAAGCUGUCAAGCUUAUUUGCAGCAGCGGUUUGCCAUGCGAGGGUGUGGAGCUCGCUGACAUUGAUCUUACAUACAAAGGACCUGAAGGACCCGCAAUAUCCUACUGUUCGAAUGUCAGUCCCAAACUUACGGGCAAACAGAACCCGUCUGCAUGCUCCGCCCCUGCCGGAACAUCUAUCCCGCUGGCUCAUAAGUAGGAAACGAUAAACCAUGUUAAUUAAACAAUAAGGAAAGCAUUUUUUGACUUCUUAAUAGAGUAAAGUUUGCUUGAAAAUAAAAGGAGAAAACAUCUCCUUGGCAUGCAUAUUUUACUCUGUUAUGCUUUUAGCCUCAUUUUAGAAUUAUGUUAAUGUACA